GUUGUUCUACGCUCAUCCCGUUCUAGUGACGAUCGAAAAGAGAAAUAGGAGUGCUGGCAGCUUUCAUAACAGCUGUCAGCGGUUUGAUACCAGAUCCAGCUGUGUGCAACUCUGGGAUAACCAACCUCAUCCGCAGCUGAUGGGUGGAUGAGCGCCGUGAAAUUUCAGCGCACGCAGAAUUAAGCAAGUUUGCUGGGACAGCUUAGCGGAGAAACAAUCAUGGAUUUACUCGCGUUUCUGAAUGUAAACGAACUUUCCCUCGGAAUGGCCAAGCUUCCAAUGUACCCACUGUUCGACACAGCACAUUAUAUUGUGUCGUUAAUGGCACUGAAGGAGCAGCCAGGGGCCGUGGCUGUGUCGCGCCGGAGCCCUUUGGCCUGCUGGUUCAGCUCCAUGCUCUUCUGCUUCGGAGGGGCCAUCCUCUCCAACCUGAUGCUGGCUGAACCUCCCGUGGCGGCCCUUUCCAAUGGUGGCAACGUGCUGCUGGCCUCUCUCAUCUGGUACUUGGUGUUCUAUAGCCCCCAGGACCUGGUCCACAGAUCAGCUUCCCUCCUGCCCAUCCGAAUAGUUCUGUCCGGGAUGAAGGAAGUGACCCGUACCAGGAAGGUUCUGGCAGGAGUUGUGCAAGCUCAGACGCAUUACAAGGAUGCGAUAUUGGUGAUGAUCGCUGUGGGUUGGGCUAAAGGUGCUGGAGGUGGGCUGAUGAGUAAUUUUGAGCAGCUUAUACGAGGAGUCUGGAAACCAGAGACCAAUGAGCUUCUGAAAAUGUCCUACCCCACUAAGGUCACUCUGAUGGGGGCAGUCAUCUUCUCACUGCAGCAGUGCCAGUAUCUCCCGCUCCAGAAGCACCACCUUAUGUUCAUCUACACUGUGUUCCUGGUUGUCAACAAGACCACCAUGAUGCUCUCUGCCUCCUCCUCCUGGCUGUUCUCUCCGGUGGAAGGGGCCGUGUACAGCGUCCUUUUCGCCGAGCCGUCCGCAGAGCCGAGCCCUGCGUCUGCAUCCCAGGCCAAGGGGCCAGGCAGGACGUCCUCCUCAGACACCUGCGCAGCGCCCCAGGGGGAGGGCAAAGCUGCCUCAGAGUGCCAGAACGGUGCCGUGGCCUCCGACUCCGAGGGAGAAGCGGCGGCCAUGUCGGGAACAAGGGACAGGAACCAAUCACAGAGCAGUGGGAGGAGCAAGAAAACUGAUUAAGGACCAGUUUUCACAUUCGUAUAGUCAUUUCACUUCAAUAAAAGCAUGUUGAGGACUGUGGGGCUAAUUUAAUAUAAUAGAGCUAUAUUUUCAUAUUUAUAAAAUAAAAUAUUAUGGUAAUUUUGUAAUUUGAUACGUUGGGUUUUUAGGGGUUUUGAUGUAGGGGAAUCUCUGAAAGGCAAUGGGAACUUAUUUAUUGUGUUGAAAUGUUGGUGAUUUGACAUGAGAUUUUUAAAAUGACAUGAUUUAUGCACAAUGACCCUGCACCUGUGAAUGUAAUAUGCUGUAAUUUUCUUGUGAAUGCAUGAAAUACUAUUGAGAAUAAAUUAAAAUGUUACUUUCACUUAAA